CGUCCAGUCGUCGUCCCAUGGCGUAGCUCACUGUCGCGACAUGGACCGAAUGGGUUUGGGGCAUAGCUGCGACUACUCCCAUGCAACCACGAGGCACGCAUGGAGCCUUGUCUCCACGACCUCUCCGCUCUUCCAAGUUCCAGAUCUCCCCUCACGAACCAUGUGCUAUCGACGAGGGGGCUGGAGGGCGCAGGAGAUGGAGGGGUCCAAUGGAGACAGAAUGAGGCACGACGCACAUCAAGCCCGAGUAUGUAAGAUGUCACAUCUACUGCUCUUGGGUAAUCCCCACCCCCAUCCUAUAUCCCCAACUUCGCACAUCUCUGGCUCCUUCACUCUCCAAGAGCAGAGUUAGGACAGCUACUUCCCAGGGAUCUCUAUUCAAAACCAAGCGCAACAAACCCGCUCAAGAUGGGCUUGCCAGCUUUUGAUCAUGCUGGCCGCAUCCCAAAGCAGGCGAUGCUGGCAUCGAUGAUAACCUUCAUGGUCGUUGCGGUGCUAGGUGCAUUGGUGCGCUUUUGGAUUCGAUUCCGAAUUCAAAAGCAAUUCGGUGUCGACGAUGGGUUCCUCAUCUUCGGCCUGUGUUGUAUCUCCGUCUCUGUGGGCUUGACCAUCAGCUACAUCGACAACAUGUACAUGGUGGAGGCAAUGAACGAUGAUGGGGCGGCGGUUUUCCCUCUCCUCCCAGAGGACUGGCUGCAGCGGAUCUACGACUAUCAAGAGAGAUCAACUGUCAGCCUUAUGCUCGCUUGGUCUGCCAUUGUCUGCGUCAAGUUCAGCUUCUUGUUCUUUUUCAAGAAACUGAUUGAUCGCAUCCAGUCCAUGACGAGGUACUGGUGGGCUGUUCUCUUCAUCAAUAUUGCGAUUGCAGGCUAUGGAUUAGCCAUCUAUAUCCUUGCGUGCCCGCACUUCAACAACGAGAAAGUUUUACAAUGCUCUUCUGGGUCAAGGUCGAAGCAGGUCAUCCAUUAUGCUGAAUCGCAAAUGGUUCUUGAUAUCCUUUCAGACCUACUGAUCUUGGUGAUUCCAAUUCGGCUCGUCUGGCAGAUCAAGAUCAGAUGGACUCAAAAGAUUGCCCUGGGAUCUUCCCUGUCACUUACAAUCGUAAUGAUCGCACUUACCAUCGUACGUGUUUCAGGGCUGCGCCAUGAAGCAGGUUUCGACCCCGCUUGGGAAGUCUACUGGAACAUCAUGGCCGGAGAGGUCGGCAUCAUCAUGACCACCGGCGCCGCCUUCCGCACAUUCUUUAUCUCCCGCAGCCAGCACAAGGAUGAAAUGCCAGGCCACAACCCGAACCGAAGUCUCAGCACCCGAACCCGGAAUCUCCUCCGCUUGAUCAUCACCCCGAGCAGAUGGAGCACGAAGAGAAGCAGACAGAGCGAAGACCCCAGCGACAGUAGCGACUCGUUCAGCGACGGAAGUCUUCACAAGGGUAAAGAGCUUCCACAAAUCCCUCGUGGGACCAUGACCGGUAUCCGAACCUUCAUCAAUGGUCGCGGGAGAACGUUGAACAUGUCGCGCAUGGGCGCGUCGAAAAUCAUGCAGAGCGAGGCCCUCGAAGAGGAGACCGAGGAUGCCUGGCCGCUUUCCCAGCACGCACAACUGCAGAAGUCAAUACAGGUGCAACACCACAUCUACUCUACAUCUGAGCGGGUUUACGAUCAUUAUGAUCCGAAUCCCAAGAGAGAAAAUCACGAUUGGGUAUAGGGCGUUCAGGGCACGAGGUUGUGCGAUUUGGUUUUUUUCUUUUUCAUAAGUAUAACAUGCAUGGUAUCUGAGAUUACUCUCUGGGGAUGGAGUAAAUGGUCAACUCCCCCUCU